AUGGCAUCUACUAUAAUCAGUUCAGUUCCUACCACUGCCUCUCGCUUUGCUUUACUGCAAGUUGAAAGUGAUACUGAUUCAGAGCAUGGAAAAGGAAGAAGUGGCCGAGGUGCCACUAAAUUUCAAGAUCAUGGGGGAAGAUCACCUACAAAUGAGAAAAAAAAAAAGAAAAGGAGAAAAAAGAAAGAACAGCAGCAGAGUGAGGCCAAUGAGCUCAGAAACCUUGCUUUUAAAAAGAUUCCUCAGAAGUCCUCACGUGGAGGCUGUCCAUCUCAGCAUGAACAAAAACUGCACACUGCAACGCAGAAGGACUCUCAGGAAGAAAAUUGGCAAGCAUGGAGACAAAGGGAUGAGCAGCUGACAUCUGAAAUGUUUGAAGCUGAUCUUGAAAAAGCAUUGCUGUUAAGCAAACUGGAAUAUGAAGAGCACAAAAAGGAAUAUGAAAGCGUUGAAAAUACUUCACCUCAGCCCAAGUCUGUGAAUAAGAAAAAGAACCAAGGGAAAGACAAACCUCUCACUGUGUCUCUGAAAGACUUUCAGUCAGACAGUAGUACAGAUAACCUUGCAAAAAAAAAAAAAGAUCUGAACUCUACCCAGCCAACAUUGCACGAUGGAAGAUUUUUCAACAGGCUGGAAGAUGAUGUUCACAGAAUACUUGAAGGAGAGAAAAGGAGAGUCCAGCUCACUGAUUACAGUGACACAGAGAACUGCACAUCUCAUGAACACAACCAGGAAAGCAUUUUGAAAGAUGGAAAAACAGAGCAACUAAAGCUUGAGCUUGAAAAGAAAGAUGCAGAAAUUGAGCAACUGAAAAAGACAGUAACUCAGUGGGAGGCAAAGUACAAAGAAGUAAAAACAAGAAAUGCACAGCUUCUGAAGAUGAUGCAAGAAGGUGAAAUGAAAGACAAAGCUGAAAUACUCCUACAGGUUGAUGAAUCCCAAAUUAUCAAAAAUGAAUUGACAGUACAGGUAACUAUACUUCAUGCAGCAUUAGAGCAAGAAAGAUCCAAAGUGAAACAACUGCAGGCAGAGUUAACAAAAUACCAGAGUGGUAAAAAAGAGAAAAGGCACUUAAAAUGUGACCAGUGCAGGUGAUCUCCUCUGCCACCACAUUCAAAGGAAAAAAAACAAAAUA